CAUAAAGCCUUUUUUUUCUCUCUCUUUCUUUCUGCCCUUGAGCAUCCCGGGUAAGCCCGAGCUUGUAAAGUGGGAAGAGGAGGAGGAGAGGGGGGCACGAAGGGCGGGCACAAGCCUUUCCUCAAACUCAAUAUUUUAUACUUUUGAUACUCCUUGACGCUGGAUUUCAGUCCUCUUCCCGAGCCGUUUCCAGAUCUAGGACGCGGAUCUUACCGUGCGCAGCCAUCCACGGUGAGAUAAAAAAGUAUCCGGCAGAAAAACAAACAGCGAGCCCGGGCAGGCUGAGAAACGGGAGUACAGAGAGGACCGCGGCGGGGAACGAGUACAGUGGACGGUCGGAGGGGGGGGGAUCUUCUUCUUUUUUUUUUUUUUUGGGUUGUUUCAUUUUUUUUUUCUGGCCAAAGAAAAGGGGGGACGUGCGCGCAAAGUCCUGACCAGCCUGACAGAUGCAUGUUAGAAGACAAUCAGAAGAGCUCGGCCAGUCGAAAAUGUCCAAUGGAUAUACCUGAAGACGCAACAACUUCUCCUCCGUCCUCCCCAACCAGCUCCACAGUUUCCCUGCAGGACAUCUGAGACAUGGAUCCGCGUUAACAUCUCCCACCCAACUCCCUGCACCACUAUGGUUAAAGUGUAUGCCGAGAUUCAUCUCUGUAACAUUAUCUGCCUCUCCACCCACCGACCAUCUUCCUCAGGAAACCAGCCGUCAAAACAACUAAGUGUCCCUCGCUCGGUUCUCUGGGGGGCGUCAAUAUUUGUCCUUCGACACUGAGCGAAAGUGGUGUUCUCCUUUUAUUUAAGGGGGGGAGGAAUUUAUGAACCUGGAGGCGAGUUGUGUCUAUUUCCCCCGCACCUCUCCAUUCACAGCACAGCAGCAUGGCGGCAGGGAUGUCCACUAUUUCUUUAUGAUCACCGCUCCAUGCGCUUCACCUCUCCUCUGAGCUCCGUGGCCCCCUCACCCCGUGCCGGACCCCGCUCCAAACACCCCCCCAGCCUGCCAUGCUCCUCCAGGCCGUGUUGCUGCUGCUGCUGCGCUGCUUGGCCUCCACCUUGGGCCAGUACGAACUGUGCAAGUCCCUGGUGAGCACGGACGAGGGCUCAGUGUGGGAGCAUUACGCGUGCCAGCCAAAAGCCGCGUCCAUGAAAGACCACAUGCGGAUCAGGGUGGAUCCGCCCGGAAUUACGUGUGGAAAUCCGCCUGAGAGGUUCUGCACUCUGGAGAACCCAUACCUGUGCAGUGACGAGUGUGAUGCCUCUAAUCCAGACUUGGCCCACCCUCCUCAGCUGAUGCAGGACCGUGAACGCAAUGGCCUAAUCACCUACUGGCAGACAGUCACCUGGAGACGUCACCCAGAGCCCCUGCUGGCCAACAUCAGCAUGUCCUGGAACAAGAGUUUAGAGCUCACAGACGACAUCCUGAUCACCUUUGAAUAUGGCCGUCCUACUAUCAUGGUACUGGACAAGUCCAUGGACUACGGACGCUCCUGGCAGCCCUUCCAGUUCUACGCUGACGACUGCUUGGAUGCCUUCAACAUGCCACCCAAACGUGUGCGUGACCUUUCGCCCGCCAACAUCACACGGGUCAUCUGCACUGAGCAGUACUCGCGCUGGGUCGGCUCCAAAAACGAAAAGAAUGUGAAGUUUGAGGUACGGGCACGCUUUGUUGUGUUUGCCGGGGUUCGGCUAGAGAACAUGGACAACCUGUACACCCGCAUGGAAAGUAUGAAGGGAUUGAGGGACUUCUUCACCUUCACCAACCUUAGGUUGAGGCUGCUCAGGCCCGCCCUCGGAGGCACCUAUGUCCAGAGAGACAACCUGCUCAAGUACUUCUAUGCCAUCUCCAACAUCGAGGUACCUGCCAGGUGUAAGUGUAACCUCCAUGCCUCCCAGUGCCUGCCGAUUGAUGGGAACCUCCAGUGCCAGUGUGAACACAACACCACCGGCCAGGACUGCCAGCGCUGCAAGAAAGGCUUCAAAGCCAAGUCCUGGAAAGCAGGUUCCUACCUGCCAGCACCCAACGGAACCCCCAACACCUGUACAAUUGCUGGUUCCCCCUCCGGUUCUAACUGUGAGUGCUACGGCCACUCCAACCGCUGCAGCUACAUCGACUACCUGAACAUCGUCACAUGCGUCAGCUGCAAGCACAACACCAGGGGCCAGAACUGCCAACACUGCAGAGUCGGAUACUUCCGCAACGCCUCUGCCGAACUGGAUGAUGAGAGCGUCUGCAUCGAGUGUAACUGCAACCAGAUGGGCUCUAUUCAUGACCGGUGUAACACCACAGGCUUUUGUUAUUGUAAAGAAGGUGCCACGGGGGCCAGAUGUGACGACUGUCUGCCAGGAUACUACUGGAAACAAGGAUGUUACCCUAACGUUUGCGACGAGGAGAUGCUCCUGUGCCAGAACGGAGGAACGUGCUACCAGAGCCAGAAGUGCAUCUGUCCUCCAGAGUUUAAGGGAGUACUGUGCCAACACUCCCGCUGCGAGGCGGGCAAGGACUGCAGCGGCGCUUCUUUGCCGCACCUUUCCACGGCCACCCUGCUGCUCUGCACUCUGCUAACCUACCUGCAGGCCACGUUAACACCCCACUGAGCCACGAAACCCCCCCUUAGACCAAGGAGUGUGUGUAUAUGUGUGUCUAUGUGAGGCAAAGUGUGACCCAGACCGGGGAGGGCCAUCGCAGUCAUGGACCCUGCAAACGCACACUGCAGCACUCUUAAAAAAAAAAAAAAGCACACACACUCACAGAACACUACCUAACCCCAUUCUCCUUUCAAACACAUACACACACAUACAUACACACACAAGCACAUAUACACACCUCACAGGACUGUUAUGAUUGUGAGUGUGUGCUCAGGUGCAAGAAGGACAAACAGAGAAAAAAGGGGAACGACCUCAGAGAAAAGAGAUGCAGUCGAAAGGGGAAAAAAAAAAUAAUAAUCAUACCAACCACUGUUCCCUUUAUUCCUGAGCUGGAGCAAUGUGCAUCAAACCAAAAAGCAUAAACACUUAAAUCACCACUGUUUCACUUCAAAGGGAAUGGCUGUUUUAACCACAAGGACUUUCUUUUCUCUUUUUUUUUUUUUUCCUUGGUUGAGUUGAGGAUCUCACCUCCGUUAGACUGAUGGCCAACAUGUGUGUGGUCAGACUCCACGCGAGGACGAGACAUAUGGACACAUGACGGACGGGUCGGGAGGCGAGAUGUUCAUUUGAUCCUGCUGCUGAGGCCUACAUAGUAUAUUAACCAGGUUUCAUUUCCUCUCUAAAGAUGAGACUUGAUUUUACAUUUAUUCUCUUUCUGCUGCAUUUUUUUAAAAUUAUAUCUUCAGUCAUUGUAUCUAAUGUGCCCACUAGCAGUCGCUGAGAUUAUACAUAUUAUAUAAUAUCCAGGGGGUUAUGAAUUAUAAAAAAAAAAUAAAAAUAGUCACUAUUAUGGUUGUUAUAGGAAUGAGUGAUUGUUGCCACACUUAGCGAGAUUUAAUCUUCACACAGUAUUCAGGAAGCAGAAUUUAACAGAAUCUAACUAAUCAAAAGUCUAAAAAGAGAGAGAAAAGAUAUGAACCACGUAUCAAUAUUAUAUGACAUUAUUUGAAUAUUUUUUGUAGAAAUUAUUUUUGUUUGAAGUUACAAUAAAUUAUAAAAAAUGACAUUUACAACUAUUCCAAAUGAGCAUUUUAUUACACUGAGUGUAAACCUUGCAGUAAAUAUGACUGUUAUUUGCCUUCUUGCUUGUACUUUUUUCAUUCAAUCAAGUGUCCACAACUACAUGCUAAUCUUCUUAUUUUCAGAGGGGGGGAAACAAGGUUUGUCAUAAAGAGUCGUCGCUCUAAGGCUUUCAUUUGAUCUAUUGCGUUCAUUUUGGACAUGGUGUUGAAUGCUUGUUACUGCGAAACAGAUUAUCCCAUUUUAAAAUCUAACAGUCUGUCUGACAAUCACAAAGAACUGCUUUCAUGUCAAGAGAAUAUAAAUAAUUUUAUUCUGA